AGUGCAGCCGCCCGCCUCUGUCACUGGGAGACAGUCCACUUAAAUGCGGCUCCAGGGUUGCGGGAAGCCCACCAGCAUCACUCCCCGUGUGAGGUGGCAAAUGCAACAUGCUGUCCAGCUUGGGGUGUCUGCUUUUCUGUGGAAGUAUUGCACUAGCCCUGGGAAAUGCACAGAAAUUGCCAAAAGGUAAAAGGCCAAGUCUGAAAGUCCACAUCAAUACCACGAGCGACUCCAUCCUCUUGAAGUUCCUACGUCCAAAUCCAAAUGUAAAAUUAGAAGGUUUUCUCUUGGGAUAUGGCAGCAACUUGUCACCAAACCAGUACUUCCCACUUCCAGCAGAAGGGAAAUUCACAGAGGCUGUGGUCGAUGCGGAGCCUAAAUAUCUGAUCGUUGUGCGGCCUGCUCCCCCUCCGAGUCAGAAGAAGUCAUGCUCAGGUAAAUCACGCUCUCGCAAACCUCUCCAGCUGGUGGUUGGCACUCUGACACCAAGCUCCGUAUUCCUGUCCUGGGGUUUCCUCAUUAACCCACACCACGACUGGACGUUGCCAAGUCACUGUCCCAAUGACAGAUACUAUACAAUUCGCUAUAGAGAAAAAGAUAAGGAAAAAAAAUGGGUUUUCCAACUCUGUCCGGCCACCGAAACAAUCGUGGAAAAUCUAAAACCCAACACGGUUUAUGAAUUCGGAGUAAAAGACAAUGGAGAAGGUGGAAUUUGGAGUAAGAUUUUCAAUCACAAGACUGUUGUUGGCAGUAAAAAAGUAAAUGGGAAGAUCCAAAGCACCUAUGACCAACUCCACACAGUGCCAGCAUAUGUCCCAAGGAAGCUAAUUCCAAUAACAGUCAUCAAACAAGUGAUUCAGAAUGUUACUCACAGGGCUUCAACUAAAUCCCCAGAUAAGACUCCCUUUGGAGGAACAAUAUUAGUCCAUCUUAUUAUUCCAGGCCUUAAUGAAACCACUGUUAAACUUCCUGCAUCCAUAAUGCUUGAGAUUUCUGAUGCAAUCAAGACACAGUUAGCUAAGAAUGAAACGUUGGCAUUACCUGCUGAAUCUAAAACACCAGAGGUAGAAAAAAUCCCAGCACGAGCCAUAACAGUGACGCCAGAGUCAAUGCCAAGGACCACGAAACCCACUGUGUCUAGUGCACUAGACUUUUCAGAAAAAACACUAGUUCUCAGCGAAAGGACGCCGGAAAUCCUGCAAACUAUUCUAAUACCUAGGUUUGAAUUGCCCCUGAGCACUCUAGCUCCGAAAAGGCUUCCAGAAUUUCCUCAGGCAAACACACCCUUCCCCUUUGAGAAACCUGAGGGCACUCUGGCUUCAAGUGGAAAGCCAUGGAUUGUGCCUACAAGUAAAACAUCAGAAGAUUCCAAACUUCUCUCACCUCGAACUGCCACUUAUGAUGUUUUCUCAAGCCCUGCAACAUCAGAUGAGCCUGAAAUGUCAGAACCCCACACAGCAACAAGUGAUCCAUUUCUGGAUUCUGUCCCACCUAAAACUUCUAGAACUAUUGAACAGCCAAGGGCAACACUGGCUCCAAGUGAAACACCAUUUGUUCCUCAAAAAUUGGAAAUCUUUACAAGUCCUGAAAUGCCACCUACAACACCUGCUGCCCAGCAAACUACGUCUAUCCCUUCUACACCUAAACGACGCGUCAGGCCCAAAACACCAAGAACCAAACCUGAAAGAACCACAAGUCCUGGAACAGUUACACCUAAAAUUCCUAAAAUCCCUGAAUCUACACAGACAACACUGGCUCCCAGUAAAACACCAUUUAUUUCUUUGAAACCUAAAAUUCCUCUCACCCCAGAAGGGACACCCACCAAACCUGCACCUGGAACUCUGGAAACAAAACCUUCGACAUUAGCUCCACCAAAGACCAAACGACCAGGUCGUCGCCCCAGUCCUAAAACCACACCUAGUCCAGAUGUGCCCAAGUCCAAACCUGUUCUGGAACCUGCUACAGUACCCCCGGAGCCUUUGGUGCCCACAAUCGCGUCAAAACCAUCCAAAAGACCUAAAACCACACGUAGACCAGAUGCACUUCAAAUCCAGCCUGAUUCAAAACCACCAAAGCAAUUACUUCCUAAACCCCAAACCCCAGCACAACCAGAUACGCCACCAACUAAACCCGUCUUUGAGCCUGUUACAUUGGAGACCGAAGCUCCCUCCCCAACCAUAGUUCCUGCCACAGACCUUGAACCUGUAACUCUGAGAACUGAGACUCCCAUGACAACAUUGGCUCCAAAAACUUCACGACGACCAAGGACACGUCGUCCACGUCCCAAACAUAAAUCCACACCGAGCCCAGCUACAUCUCAGAGCAAACUAGCUACGACAACAAAGAGACCUCGUCGUCCACGCCCCAAAGCUAAAACCACACCCCAUCCAGAAGUACCUCAGCCCAAAUUGGUUCCUACCACAAUCUUUCAACCAGUUAUACUUAGAACUGAGGCUCCGGUGACCACACUAGCUCCCAAAGUGUCUCAGCAAACUCAUCAUCUACCUCCCAAACCUGAAACCACAGGGAGUCCUGAAGCCCUUCAGACUGAACUGGUUCCUGCUACAGUCCUUGAAGCAGUCACUCCUAUGAAAGAGGCUCCAGGGACUGCAUUUGUUCCUGUUACAGACCUUGAACCUGUUACUCUUAGAACGGAGACACCUGGGACAACAUUAGUUCCUGCUACAGUUCUUGAACCUGUCACUCUUAGACCCGAGACCCCAGGAACAACAUUAGCCUCCAAAACAUCACAACAGACACGUCGUCCACGUCCCAGACCAAAAACCCCACCAACUCUUGAAGCAUCUGAGUCCAAACCAGUUCCUACUGCAGACCUUGAACCGGUUGUGUUGAGAACUGAAACAUGGGUAACAACACAAGCUCCUAAAACAUCAAAACGGACCCGUCGUCCACGUCCCAAACAUAAAACUACACCAACUUCUGAAGCACCUAAAAAAAAACUGGCUCCUACUACAGAUCUUGAACCUGGCCCUCUUAGAACUAAAGCUCCAGAAAUCGUGGUUCCUCCUACAGCCCUUGAACCCAUCACUCUUAGGACAAAGACUCCAGAAACUACAUUAGCUCCUAAAGCAGCACAACGAACCCGUCGUCCACGUCCCAGGCCUAAAACCACAUCAAGCCCUGAGGCAACUCAGACCAAACAGGUUCCUGCUACAAGCUUUGAACCUGUUAUUCAUAGUUCUGAGACUCCAGAAACAACAUUAGCUCCCACUGAACUGCAAACUCUUAUUUUUAAACCAGUGACAUCAUCAAGCCUAGAAAUGACACAGAGUCAACCUGUUUCUGAAGUCCUGGAAUUGAUUACAUUAAGCACUGAGUCAUCAAAGGAAGCUCUAGCACCAACUGUAACAGAUUAUCUGUAUCCCUCUGCCAAAGCACCACUCAGUCCAGAGGAACCAAAGACUGGAGUUGUGGAAUCUAUUACAAAUGUGUCUGAACCACCCGAGACCACACUAGCUCCCAAGCAAGCACCGCGUGCUCCUCCCAAACCAAAAACAUCUCCACCUCCAAGAAUCCCACAAACACACCCAGCUGACGAGGUGUCCCAGCCUAUUACUUCAAAGCCAAAAGCAUCACCAAGUCCAGAAGUAUCAUAUACUCUGCCUGUUCCAAGAGAUGUGCUCCUUCCCCCUAAACCAGACCCUGAAGUCUCUCAGAGCGAACCUGUUCUGCAACCUGUUACCUUUAGAAUUGAUCUACCAGAGACAACAAUAGCUCCUUUAGAGACACGAGGCAGCCCUUUUAUACCCAUGAUUUCACCAAGUAUUGGUGAAGAGGAGCUGCAAACCACUCUGGCAGAAACCGACCAAUCCACUCAGAAAUUCUUCACAACUAAGAUUCCACUAACAACUGAAUUGGUGACCACUCAGGCACCACACAGAUUGUAUACUACUCCUGUGAGGCCCAGAAUACCGGACAAAGCACACAUCAGACCCGUUCUGAAUAAGACAACUACAAGACCUAGUAGACUCAAACCCAGUAGGACACCCAAAGGGAAUGGCAUGGGAACAGGGGUCAAGCAAGCCCCAAAGCCAUCAGGUGCUGGUAAAAAUGUGUCCAUGGACUCUACCCACUCCACCAAAAAACAAGCCGCAGUCCCAGGUACUCGCCGCCCACACUUGCCACCUAGACCUGUGCCCCCACGAAGAAAACCGUUACCACCAAAUAAUGUCACUGGCAAGCCAGGAAGUGCAGGAAUCAUUUUAUCGGGCCGAGUAACAUCUCCACCCUUGAGGGCCACACUUGGCCCUACUGAAGCCCCUUCAGAGAGAACAGAGACAGAUGAGAAGCAACCAACAGUUCCUGCAUCAGGAGAAGAUCUUGUUAAUAUAACUGACUUUAGCUCAAGUCCAACAAGAGAAACUGAUCCUCUUGGGAAGCCCAGAUUCAAAGGUCCUCAUGUGAGAUACAUCCAAAAACCUGAAAACAGGCCCUGCUCCAUCACUGAUUCUGUCAAACGGUUCCCCAAAGAGGAUGCUACUGAAGGGAAUGCCACCAGCCCACCGCAGAACCCACCUACCAACCUCACUGUGGUCACUGUGGAAGGGUGUCCCUCAUUUGUCAUCCUGGACUGGGAUAAGCCACUAAAUGAUACCGUCACUGAAUAUGAAGUUAUAUCCAGAGAAAAUGGGUCAUUCAGUGGGAAGAACAAGUCCAUUCAAAUUACAAAUCAAACCUUCUCCACAGUAGAAAAUCUAAAACCAGAUACAAGCUAUGAAUUCCAGGUGAAACCCAAAAACCCACUUGGAGAAGGCCCACCCAGCAACACGGUGGCAUUCAGCACUGAAUCAGCGGACCCAAGAGUGAGCGAGCCAGUUUCUGCCGGAAGAGAUGCCAUCUGGACUGAAAGACCCUUUAACUCAGACUCCUACUCAGAAUGUAAGGGCAAACAGUAUGUCAAACGGACGUGGUAUAAGAAGUUUGUAGGGGUGCAGCUGUGCAACUCUCUCCGCUACAAGAUUUAUCUGAGUGACUCCCUCACGGGAAAAUUUUAUAACAUAGGCGAUCAGAGAGGCCAUGGAGAAGACCACUGCCAGUUUGUGGACUCGUUUUUAGAUGGACGCACAGGACAGCAACUCAGUUCUGACCAGUUACCCACCAAGGAAGGCUAUUUCAGAGCAGUUCGUCAGGAACCUGUCCAAUUUGGAGAAAUAGGUGGUCACACCCAAAUCAAUUAUGUCCAGUGGUAUGAAUGUGGGACCACAAUUCCUGGAAAAUGGUAGAUGCUACAAUCAGAAUCAAAAGUGCCUUCUGUCUUAUCAUGGCAAAAAAAUAAUUGGAAACAGUAUUUGUCACAUUCAUUUAAAGCUGUUAUGUUUACUAUGUAUUAAAGUUUAAUAGCAAUAGUAGAUGUUUAUUAGAAAUAUUGCUGAGAAUAUUUAUCAGGUUUUACAAAAUCAUUUUAAGAAAACAAGAUAUUGACAUUAACAAAAUAACAUUUUUAGGGAAGCUGGCUCCCUACUCAUGGUAUUUUAAGAGAUCAUUUGUAUAUUAUUUAUCACUCUGUUGUAAUGAUGUUUUGAGAUACUUUUAUAACAAAUUUAACAUCAAAAACUAAUAUACUUUUUAAAAAAUAUUUCCUUUUAUUAAAGUGCAUUCUUCUUACUGGUGAGUUAAUGCCAUAAAUCUCAACUUGGUUUAACUUAUUAGAUCAAAUUAUCUUGAGCAUUUGUAUCUGGGGGGAAUAAAGGUCCUAAUAUUCAUGUUUAUUUAAACUUUAAAUUUUUAGCAAUAGCUAAACAGCUUUUCUGAAGCAUUUCAAUACUUAACCAUUCAUACCAAUAUACAUUUCUUUAAAUCUGUGCAAAUUACUAAAAAACCUGUUUGAAUCAUUAUAUUUGAUUUCAGCUGCAAACCAAAUAGAAUAUCUGAUCUGUUCAAUUUCAAAAUAUCCAUUUUGUUCUUUCUCUACCCAUAAAUAUGCUACAAUGUCUGAAUGUACUUUGUCAAACUACCCUUUAACCAGGGAUUUGUCUUCAUACUGUUAAUAUAAUUCUAAUGAAGCUGUACGUAGAGACUGAAUGUGAAGUCUGAGCACAAACACCCCUACAUUUUACAGGUACUCCUGUUUUUAGACCUCUAGGA